AUGGAAUUAAUUUAUAUCAAAUUUUCUCUAAGGAGUAGAAUUGAAAAAUAGCAAAUUUGCAAAGGGUUUUAGAACUUAAGUAGAGAUUCUUAUCCUUUUAUCCAUAAUAAGGAACAAUAAGGCUCAAGAAAGACAAAAGAGUAUUUUCAUUGAUUUAUUUUAUGCAAGAUUGAUUGAGAUUAGCUAUAAAGAAAAAAUAACCCUUCACACAAGUAUGAAACUUGUCUUCCAAGAGGUUGUUCAUAGUAAUACAUCAUUCACAUCUAUUAUUAUUAUUAUCUUUUAUUUUGUUGAUACAGCAGAAAAUCGACGAAGAGUUUUAAGCUCCUCUUACAGAUUAUUUCUUACUUGUGUACCCAAUCAAUUUGGCUAAUUUUCUAGGGUCCUCUUUAGACCUAGAUGAUUUGUGUGAAUUUAAAAUCCUAAAUGUCCAAGAGUGUGGAGUCAGAAAAGAGUUAAAGACUCUCUUCGCACACUCAAGUGAUACCUUUCGAAGAUGGGCCUAAAUACCAUGUCACCUGAAUAGUUCAAGUCUGGGUGAGAGCUGAAGGAGAAAAUAGGAAUUAGGAAAAUUCUAAAAGAUCUGAGGUAAAAUGAAAAUGUAUUUAAAGGAUAAUAUAAGUAUACGAACAAAAAAACAUAGACUGAGGCUAGUAAAGAAGCACUUGAGGCCAAACCUAAGUUAGAGACUUGAUAACCUGGACAUAAAGUCAAAUUACCGCUAACAACUCAGCCCUCAUAAGCGAAUAAUUGGAGAUAAGAAAAGGAUAGGGAAGGGGCACUAUAGCCCUUUACAAAGCUUCUCAAACACAGCCUCUAGUAUGCGGUCAAUUUCGAAAAUUGUUUUAAACUUAUUCAUUUCGAUAAUUACUAUUUAUUCUCAACAACUUUUAACUUUUUUUUGCUUCAUAUUUUUAAUUUCUCCAUAUUUUCAUUAAUUAAUAAAUAAUUUCCCUUGUAUAGAUAUUUAAUUUUUAUACAUUUUGUUCCUUCUACCUAUUUUAUGA